CUAAGAUGAGGAGGGAGGUGACGCACGCGCGAUACGGCUCACCCGGCCCGCAGCUCGACCCCCGCCCAGGCCCAGACCGCAGCAGAAUCCUCCCGCUGCCCAUCGGUGAAAAAUGGUCUCCGCGAUGGUUUCUACCAUGCUCUCUGGCCUAGUGUUUUGGCUGACAUUUGGAUGGACUCCAACAUCUGCGUAUAGCCCGAGGAGCCCUGACCGGGUCUCGGAAACAGAUAUCCAGAGGCUGCUCCAUGGCGUUAUGGAGCAGUUGGGCAUUGCCAGACCACGGGUAGAGUAUCCAGCACACCAGGCCAUGAAUCUUGUGGGCCCACAGAGCAUCGAAGGUGGAGCCCAUGAAGGUCUUCAGCACUUGGGUCCUUUUGGCAACAUCCCAAACAUUGUGGCAGAGUUGACUGGUGACAACAUUCCUAAGGACUUUAGUGAAGAUCAGGGCUACCCGGACCCUCCAAAUCCCUGUCCAGCUGGAAAAACAGUAGAUGACGGAUGUCUAGAGAACACCCCCGACACAGCAGAGUUCAGUCGGGAAUUCCAGUUGCACCAGCACCUCUUUGAUCCAGAACAUGACUAUCCAGGCUUGGGCAAGUGGAACAAGAAACUCCUUUAUGAGAAGAUGAAGGGAGGACAGACACGAAGGCGGAGGAGUGUCAAUCCGUAUCUACAAGGACAGAGACUGGACAAUGUGGUCGCCAAGAAGUCGGUCCCCCAUUUUUCAGAUGAGGAUAAGGACCCAGAAUAAAGUGAAGAUGCCGGGUAGGAACCCACACCACCCGUUAGGCCUCAGUACUGCUUAUGCGCACGUGUGAUUAGAGCCCCUGUGAAUGGCAGCAUGUUUCUAAUUUAGACGAGUACGGAUGAAAAGCAGCUGUAUUUUAAUACUGCAUUGUCCUUCACACUGACAGUUCUGCUCUCUACUACUUUUUUCUUUUUAAAUAUGGAUCUGCGAUGAACAUUAAAGUGUAUAUAUCAACAACAGCAAAAAGCAAGACUAUGAAUGAAAUGUCCUCAGAUUUCUUGCAGUUUAAAAUGGUGUUUUGGGCUGCACUCUUUUGGCAAAGUCUGUGAAAAGCUGGCAUUUGAUUUUGAUUAUGUAGUUCACCCGGCCCUUGGGCGUUGUUACACAUCAGUAAAGAAGACUGUACUCAAGAGGAGGAACGGACACAUUUCACUUGGCUACAUCUUAAUAAAUGUGUAUGCAAGCA